UUCAAUAUCAAAUUGACUGAUUCAUUCAAAAUUCCAAACAGUUUAUAAUAAAUUAUUUACAUCGAGAAAAUAGUCUAAAAUGGCAAAACGAUUUACGAAAAGCAGCAUAAAUUGGGCGGAACUUGAAAAAAAAGUACCACCAGAACAGAGAGUCCAGUACUUCGCAUUUAAAGCCAAAUCUGAUGCUUAUCUUCGACGGGUACUAGCGCAUCCCCCUGAACCCCCGAAAAUUGAUUGGGCGGCGUACUCUAAAAUGGUGCCUGUUCCUGGCCUGGUGGACAAACUGAAGACAGAGUACGAGAAGUUUCAAGUACCCUACCCGCAAGACACGUUGUCAGCUAAGGUCGACGAGCAGUGGAAAGCCUUGGAGCCAGAAAUCAAGAAGUUCUGCGCUGAGAUGCAGGUGGACAUUGACAAAGCGACUAAAGAGCUUUCAAGAAUAAGAGCCCUCCCCAAAUUCGAAGAGAUGACGAUGGAGAUGUAUGCGGAGAUGUUCCCUGACCUGGCCAUCGACCCCGUGAACAGGCCCACAUACUGGCCCCAUACCCCAGAAGAACAAGUGGGGUAUAAGCCUCCAGAGCAGAAGGUUGAAAAGAAGAAAGCGCCAUAAGUAAAGACGUGUUUUUAUGUUUGUGUUUUAAUAAAUAUUGUU